AUGCCACUGGCGCUGCAAGCUGCCCUUGGGUUCGUUCAGGCCAUCCACUACAGCGCAAAAGCGGCCACUGUCAACAGGGAGUGCUGUUGUGGCUUGUCUCGCCUUAUUGGCAAGAUCCGCCCACUCCUUGAAGAGGUGGAGUUCGAGUCAAAAGAUGACGCCACAGGGAUGCGCGAUGUUGCUUUGGAAUCGAUCGCAACAGCACUGGAGAAAGCACAUGUGGCAGUUGUGCGCUUCUCCACAAUGGGGCAUCUACAGGCCAUCCUGGAGACUGAAGCAAUGAUGUCACAGUUUCAAGUGGUCUGCUUUGAAUUGGAUGCAUCACUGUCAGCCCUCCACGAUGCCCAUACCACAGCACCACCCGAAUGGAAAGAAGACAUGAAGCGAAUAUCUGGACAGCUCCUCUCUGUCAGUUUUGAGAGCUGCUCAGAGAACAGCAACACACUGAGGCAGUUGCGACAGGAGGUUGUGCGAAUGAAUGGCGUCUCCACAGUCUCCAAGGCUGUGCACUCCCAGAUUUGCAAUCUCCUCUGGAGAUGCCAGCUGCCAGACAAGCUGGACAUGGUUGUGGAGCUUCAGGGCCUUAGGCGGGAGCUUUCUAGAGCCAAAGCGGAGAAGAAUUGUGCCGAGGAGUUUUUGCUGCAGCAGGUCAUAAAAGCCCUGCAGAGCAGCGCAGCUGUACCUUACACACCCAGUGCCCGCCUCCCCCAGCCCCCUGUGGAAUACUGCUGCCCCAUUUCGCAUCAAGUUAUGAGGGACCCAGUGGUGCUGGUGGAGACAGGUCAAACCUAUGACCGCAAGUGCAUCGAGGAGUGGUUUGUGCGGGGCAAUGUCACUUGCCCUGUGACUGGGCAGAGGGUGAACAGCGUACAGCUGACUCCCAACUUUGCCCUGAAAAGCCUUGCCAGCACAUGGGUCGAGGUGCAUGGGUAUGAAGAAGUUUCAAUGCAAGAAGACAUGUAUGAAGAGGGGUUGGUGGCUAAUUCUGCAACCAAUCCCGAAAGCGAGUUGCCACCGGCCGUGAAGCUGGCAUCGGUGGCAGCCCAGGGGGAUGAGAAGAAGCAAGAAGGGCAGGGAAGUUGCGGGGACCAUAAGGCAGUUGUUGAGGGGAGUGUGGGUGCUGAGAUCGGCGCCCACCACAUGCAAGUGCAGGAGCGGGACCCAUCUGCCAUGGUUGAUGGGCUGUUUAGAAAAGCAGCCACAGAAUCGAAGCCCAGCACAUUGCAGGGUGGAAAGGAUCAGCGAGCAGGAGGUGGCAAGCGAAAUAAGUCUCCCUUGUCAGAAAAGCUGGACGUUGGUGCAGUACACAGACACACUGAAUUGCUCAGUCGCAUGAAGGGUCUGUUGGACAGGGUCAAGCAAAGAAGGGUGCUGGACGUGCCGGAUGGCAGGUCAUCCACAGCAACUCCCGAUUCAAAGAACGACUCAGGCACUGUGCCAGUGGAUGGGUCGGCAACUUGCACGGACAUCCUUGCGAUGCCAUCAGUAACAUCUUAUCCAUUCUCUGGAUCUGGACAACCGUCAGGAUCUGAUUGCGAGCUAGCUGUUGAGCAGCCAGGAACAUCUGACUCAGAUGCAGAAUCCAUGAAAACCUCGAUUGUGGUGCCCGAUGCAAAUGACGAUGUGGAGAUGGCCAGCAUUGGCAACUCCCCACUGGCUGCUCUGCCAAGUCCAGGCAGUCGGAUAGUUUCCUUCCCUGUUGCCUUUUCAAUGGAUUCUGAGACCGACUCUGUUGACGAACAAGAUUCGACUUCUGGCUCGGACCCUUAUCCAGAUGUGGUGGUGGUUGACGAUGCAAGCAUGGGUUCAGCAAAGUCCGCCCAGUCGGACAUUGCAGAGGGGCAAGAUUCAGGUUUUCCUUCUCCAGCAGCAUCGCCUUUGCCACAAGCUGCGACAGAACAAAUGCACACUUCGCCCAUGUCUAUGACGGGGCCUUCAGAAAAUGACUUUGCAGGCUCAGUGGUGCAGCCAACAGUGCCCAGGCUGGACCUUGCACCAGUGCUGGAGACGCGCGCAAGGACGAUGCCACCUCCACAGGAUGGAUCCUGGGCAGCUCCUGACCCAACAGGCAGGACGACGCCUGAGUUCAGUGACCUAAACACUUCGGACAGAGCUGGGGAUCUGCUGUCCCGGAGGUCUGUGUCCGCAUCUGGAGCACAGAGUGAAGCAGAGCGGAAGGCUAGUGGGAGGGCAGGGCACGUCCGCAGGUACUCAUGGUCCGGGGAGGGUCCUGAUGUCUCCGAGGCGCUAUCAAAAUUCCAGCAGGCAAGGCAGGCUGCUGUGUCAACGCAAGGCCGUCUCCAGCUUCUUGCAUUGGCAGUGAACACAAGCCGGCAGCGACAUGACUUCCCAACGCCACAGAGCUCGCAGCGCACAGUGAAGAGCGACGAACAGUUCACCAGCAGGACGUCCUUGGUGGAUGGUGCCAGUGGCAUUGGAGAAAUGCAUGCCAAAGGGUUGCUUGCAUCAACAGCGUCCCCACCAGCUGUGCAAGAUGUCAUGGCGGCCUCCGGAACCGCGGACAUCAGCAACAUUGUCAACAAGGCCAGGGAUGGUAAACUUGAGGCGAUCGACAAGAGAGCCGAAAUUGGUGCCGUUAAUCCUCUGUCACGGUGGCUGGACCUCUGCCCAGAGAGUCUUGUGAGCGAUGAUGAAACUGGGGCCUCGGACUCUGAAGGAUCCGAGCCGGAGUCUCUGGAUAUCUCGCAGCUGUUGCAGUGCCCCUUCUCAAGGGACCUUGAUGAGGUUGCGAGUGCGACAGGCAGUGGCGUCUUCCAAAGCUCAGACUGGGAUGGCAUGUCCCUGGGCAGCGAUGACGAGUCGGAGGAAGGUGACUUGGGCUCAGCAGCAGGCGAUGACGAUGCGUUGUCAACAGGCAGGCACAGCAUUUCUUCCCUGACCACUGUGGCCAGUGGUGGGCUGGACAUUGUCCCUGUUGCCAUGGAACCCCUGCGUGCAAAGAGGGGCACAUCACCUUGCCCGUCAUGGGGUGCCCCGCCUGGUAGUCCAGACAUGGGCCUUGAUGGGGAUGCAGACAAGGUGGCAAACCAUACGACACCUGUUCUGCUGAAGCUGCUGGCUUCGGGCUCGCUGGAGGUUGCCAUGGCCACGGCAGUGGAGCUGGCCGAGAAGGCCAAGAAGAAGCCAUCUGUCAGGAGGCAGUUGCUGCAGUCUGGCAUGAUACCAUCCCUGGUGCACAUGUUGCAGUCGCCCAAACGUGACGUGAGGAUUGCUUCGGCGAGAGCCCUGGCGCUGCUGGGUGACAGCAGCACAGACCUCCAGCUUGAGAUCAUCGCUGCUGGCGCAGUGCCCCUGCUUUCCCGUCUCACUCGAGCGGGGAGCAGGAAGUCUGGAGAAGCUGCGGGCUGGGCGAUGAACCGGUUGACAGCGAAACCAGCUCCAGCUUCGUCCGUUGCCAGCACAGAUGUGUCGGUCCCUCUAUUGGUAGACCUGUUGUGCACAGGAAACGCAGACAUGAAGGCGUCGGCUGUCCUGGAGCUCAGCCGUACUGUGGCCCGCACUUUUGGGGGGUACGAAGAGGUUGCACGACCAGGGGUCGUUGAGGCGCUGGUGGAACUGUUGUCAAACGAGAUCUCAGCUGUGCACCGUGCAGCUGGGGACCUGCUGGCAUCUCUGCUGUACAAGAACAAGGGUGCUCUGCAGGUCCUGGCAGACAAAGACGGGAUCGUCCCCCACUUGCUGAACGUCAUCAAGACAGCCACUAACGAUGGGAAAACUGCCGCCGCACAGGUGCUGAAGGGCCUGGCCGAUGUCAGCAAGAAGGUACAGCAGGACGUGGUGGACAACAAGGGCAUCUCCACUUUGGCCAUGUUCCUCAAGGUGGGCCUCCCUGGGAAUGGAGGGCGUGAGGCCAGUGCAUGGAUGCUGGGAUCGCUGGCCUGCCACUCAAAUGUGGCCCGCGAGCAGGUGCUCCGCAGUGGCGUCCCUGCAACGCUGGAGAGCCUGCUGAGGGAAGGGGAGGCUGAGGAGAAGACGGCAGCCGCCUGGUCCUUGCGCCAGCUGUCACAGGAAGACGAUGACGACUUGACCAACUUGGCACUGCCGCUGAUCGUCAGGUCCUUAGAGUCUGGGCCCCCAGAGGUUCAGGUCGUGGCUGCCUGCGAGCUGUGCCACUUCGCAUGCGGCAGCUUCUGGACCCAUCUGGAGUUGUUCCAUGCAGAUGCACUGUCAGCCCUGCUAGGCUUCUUGCGCAGAGGGGGCCCCACUGAGGGCCUGAAUGCAGCCCUGGCAGCCCUCCUCCAUCUCGGUAACGCAUUGGACACCGUGCCUGGGGAGAUUUGCCAGCAGGGCGGCAUCGAAGUGCUGGUGGACAACCUGAAGCCAGACUGCACAGCUGAUGGGAAGCUGGUCGCCGAGCUGCUGUCCCUGCUUAGUGAGAGGUGCCCCAUGCACCAGCAGGAGAUCGUGUCUGCUGGGGGCGUCCCACUGCUGGUGGACAUGCUGCCAAAGAGCGAUGCUUGCUGCGCUGCUGCCAGAAACUUGCUCAUGGCCCUGGUGGAUAGUGAGCUGUCGGCGAUCUCACUGGCAGCAAGCCACACCGCGAUCCCACUGCUGCUGGGGGUGAUGAAAUCGGGCGGGUCGGUGCGUUCGAGGGAGGCAGCUGUUGCUCUGAUUAACAGAAUGGUAGAAAUCAACGUCGAGACUCGGCAGACAGUCGCACAGAGUGGGGGCACGCCAAUACUGCUGCAGGCGGUCAACCAUGGUGAGAGCCAUGAGCUGAAGUCUGUUGCAGCAAAUGCGAUGACGAAGUUGGCCGCCUGCAACGGCAACGUGCAGGAGAGCUUGGUGGGGUCCGGGGCGUUUGGUUCGCUGGUGCAGCUCUUGGAGUCCACCAGCACGCGCAUCAGGCAGCAAGCUGCAGAAAGGGCGAAAGCCAUGGGCGGAGAUGACAAAGGGGACAAGAGCCAGCCCAGGCUGGAUUUGACAUCAAACGAAAUGCUAGUGAGUGCAAGGGGGAGGAAAGGGGGAGUGCUUUCAACGAUUGAGGAGACAAAGCCACUUGUUGUUGUGCCGUCCGCUGGCAAGCUGCGAACCCGAACUUUGGCAGGCGCAGCAUCAGACAGUGCAGCGGGCAGUGCACAAGGUGUGGUGGGGGGUGUAAUGUGUGACAAUGAAAGUCAUGGUCCAGAUGGGAAGUCUGGAAUGCCAACUGGUGUCGUGGGUUCUAAGCCUCAGGAUGUUGCUGAACGGCUGACAAAGGGAGAACAUGGCGAUGGCACAGGCCAUGCAGCAGGCCACAUGGCAGAGGAGGGUUCCGAACACGCUCAAGGAUUUGGAGACCCCACGUCUCAGAAAGGCGGAAGGGUGUCGGAGCUCAUGGACGCUCUGCGACGGGGCGAUGGUCAAGAUGCCGCCAAGGCGGCUCUGAGGAGCCUGGCUGUGGGGAACAAGGCCAAGCGAAUGGAGCUGCUCCAUGCGGGGGCCGUCCCCUUGCUGGUGGAGAUCCUGCAGUCGAAGUCGUACCAUUAG